AUGCCUAAGGUAUUGUUGACUGGAGGUAGCGGCUUUAUUGCUGCCCAUAUUCUUGAUCAAUUGCUGGAGCGCGGCUUCGACGUGGUCACCACCGUUCGGUCUGAAGAGAAAGGAGACAAAAUCAUAGCUGCGCACCCGAAUACGCCAAAGGAGAAGCUCUCCUAUGUUAUCGUUAAGGACAUUGCGCAGGAUGGCGCUUUUGACGAGGCUGUCAAAUCGAACCCGCCAUUCGACUAUGUCCUCCACACAGCAUCGCCCUUCCACUUCAAUGUUCAAGACCCAGUGAAGGAUUUCCUGGACCCGGCUAUCAAGGGAACAACCGGCAUCCUGAAAGCCAUCAAGGCCAACGCUCCAACGGUGAAAAGGGUCGUGAUUACCUCUUCCUUCGCGUCGAUCGUCAACGCAAAGCAGCAUGAAAAGGUCUACAGUGAGAAGAACUGGAACCCUGUGACCUGGGAAGAGGGGCUGGACUCGUCGAACACAUAUCGUGCGAGCAAGACCUUUGCAGAAAAGGCUGCCUGGGAAUUCGUCGAAAAGGAGAAGCCCAACUUCAACAUUGCGACAAUCAACCCGCCGCUGGUGCUAGGCCCCGUCGUGCACUACCUGAGUUCUCUCGACUCAAUCAACACUUCUAACGCAAGGAUUAGUAGUCUCGUGCGCGGCCUCGACAAAGAGACUUCACCUCCCACAGGGACAUUCCUCUGGGUCGAUGUCCGUGAUGUUGCGCUGGCUCAUGUCCGCGCCAUUGAGGUUGCGGAAGCCGGCGCGCAGCGAUUCUUCGUUACUGCUGGCCACUACACGAACAAGGACGUUGUUGAUAUAAUCCGCGAUGCCUAUCCUGAGCUCAAGGAUAGACUCCCGGAGGCCAAGAGUGACUUGCCCCAGGAUGUGUACGGCUAUGAUAACUCGAAGUCAAUCCAGGUUUUGGGUCUUAAGUAUGGUUCCUUGAAGGAGGCGGUUGUUGAUACGGUCAAGUCACUCUUGGAUAAUGGAGCUUAG